AAUAUUGAAUAAAAUCAACUUUCAAUCAAAAGUUAUAAAAAAAUAAGGACACUUCAUAUUCAUCAAAGGAAAAAUCCACUAAGACGAACUCUCAAUCCUGAAUAUCUAUGCUCCAAAUGCACGGGCACUUACUUACAUUUAUAAAAGAAACCUUACUAAGGCUCAAAGCACACAUUGCACCUCACACAAUAAUGGUAGGAGAUUUCAACACCUCAGUCUCAUCAGUGGACAGAUCAUGGAAACAGAAAUUAAACAGAGACAUAGAGAAACUAACAGAAGCUAUGAACCAAAUGUACUUAACCGAUACUUAUAGAACAUUUCAUCUUAAAACAAAAGAAUAUACCUUCUCAGUACCUCAUGAUACCUUCUUCAAAAUUCACCAUAUUAUCAGUCACAAAACAGGCCUCAACAGAUACAAGAUUGAAAUAAUCCCAUGCAUCCUAUCAGAUCACCAUGGACUAAGACUGGUUCAAUAACAACAAAAAAGACAGAAAGCCCACAUAUACAUGGAAGUUGAACAAUGCUCUACUCAGUGAUAACUUGGUCAAGGAACAAAUAAAUUAAAGACUUCUUAGAAUUUAAUGAAAAUGAAGGCAGAACAUACACAAACUUUUGGGACAUAAUUAAAGCAGUACUAAGAAAAAAACUCAUAGCUCUGGGUGCCUCCAAAAAGAAACUGGAGAGAGCAUACAUUAGCAGCUUGACAGCACACCUAAAAGCUCUAGAACAAAAAUAAACAAAUACACUCAAAAGGAAUAGAUGACAGGAAAUAAUCAAACUCAGGACUGAAAUCAAGUAAGUAGAAACCAAAAGAACUAUACGAAGAAUCAACAAAACCAGGAGCUGGUUCUUUGAGGAAAUCAACAAGAUAAACCCUUAGCCAGACUAACCAGAGGGCACAGAGACAGUAUCCAAAUUAACAAAAUCAGAAAUGAAAGGGAGACAUAACAGAAUCUGAAGAAAUUCAAAAAAUCAUCAGUUCCUACUACAAAAGCCUAUAUUCAAUAAAACUGGAAAAUCUGGACGAAAUGUCUCAUUUUCUAGACAGAUACCAGGAACCAAAGUUAAAUCAGGAUCAGAUAAACCAUCUAAAGAAAUAGAGCAGUUAUUAAAAUUCUCCCUACCAAAAAGAGUCCUGGACCAGAUGGGUUUAGAAUUCUAUCAGACCUUCAUAGAAGACCUAAUACCAAUACUGUCCAAACUAUUCCACAAAAUAGAAACAGAAGGAGCACUACCGAAUUCCUUCUAAGAAGCCACAAUUAUGUUUAUACGUAAACCACAAGAGACAUAACAAAGAAAGAGAACUUCAGACCAAUUUCCCUUAUGAAUAUUGAUGCAAAAUUACUCAAUAAAAUUCUUGGAAAUCCAAGUACAUUAAAACAGUCAUCCAUCGUGAUCAAGUAGGUUUCAUCCCAGAGAUGCAGGAAUGGUUCAAUAAACAGAAAUCCAUCAUCAUAAUCCAUUACAUAAACUCAAAGGAAAAAAAAUGAUCAUCUAAUUAGAUGCUGAGAAAGCAUUUGACAAAAUUCAACUCCCCUUCAUGAUAAAAGUCUUGGAAAGAUCAGGAAUUCAAGGCCUAUACCUAAAUAUAGUAAAAGCAACAUACAGCAAACCAGAAGCCAACAUCAAACUAAAUGCAAUUUAGUUUAAUUGAAGCAAUCCCACUAAAAUCAGGGACUAGACAAGGCUGACUAUUCUCUCCCUACCUAUUUAAUAUAGUACUCGAAGUCCUAGCCAGAGCAAUCAGACAACAAAAAGAGGUCAAAGGGAUACAAAUUGGAAAGGAAGAAGUCAAAAUAUCACUAUUUGCUGAUGAUAUGAUAGUAUACUUAAGUGACUCCUAAACCCGAUAAACAACUUCAGCAAAGUGGCUGGAUAUAUAAUUAAACAAAUCAGUAGCCUUCUUCUACUCAAAGGAUAAACAACCUGAGAAAGAAAUUAGGUUUUUUCCUAUCGAACCAGGCGGCCUCAGCCGUGAACAAGUGAACAACGCAGAAUGGCCAAGAUCAAGGCUCGGAACCUGCGCGGCAAGAAGGAAGAGCUGUUGAAACAACUGGACGAUCUGAAGGUGGAAAUGUCCCAGCUUCGCGUUGCCAAAAUGACAGAUGGCGCCACGUCCAAGUUCUCUAAGAUAGGAGUAAUAUGCAAAUCCAUCACUUGUGUCCUCACUGUCAUUAAUCAGACUCAAAAGGAAAACCUCAGGAAGUUCUACAAGGGAAAAAAGUACAAGCUCCUGCACCUGCGACCCAAGAAGACGAGAGCCAUGCGCUGCGGGCUCACCAAUCACGAAGAGAAGCCGAAGGCCAAGAAGCAGCAGCGGAAGGACCAUCUGUACCCACUGCGCAAGUACGCAGUCAAGGCCUGAGACUUCGACAAUGACAAUAAACUGUAAGACGACGAGAAAAUAAAAAGAAAUUAGGGAAACCACACCCUUCACAAUAGUCACAAACAAUAAAAAAUACCUUGGAGUGACUCUAAACAAGCAACUGAAAGAUCUGUAUGACAAGAACUUCAAGUCUCUGAAGAAAGAAAUUGAAGGUCUCAGAAGAUGGAAAGAUCUCCCAUGUCAUGGGUUGGCAGGAUUAAUAUAGUAAAACUGGCCAUUUUUCCAAAAGCGAUCUACAGAGCAAUUUGCAAAUUCAUCUGGAAUAACCAAAAACCCAGGAUAGCAAAAACUAUUGCCAACAAUACAAGAACUUCUGGGGAAAUCACCAUCCCUGAAAUUAAGCUAUAUUAUGGAGCAAUAGUGAUAAAAGGAAAAAAAAAAACAACUGUAUGAUAUUGGUACAGAGACAGGCAGGUAGAUCAGUGAAAUAGAAUUGAAGACCCAGAAAUGAACCCACACACCUAUGCUCACUUGAUCUUUGACAAAGGAGUUAAAAUUGUCCAGUGGAAAAAAGACAGCAUUUUCAACAAAUGGUGUUGGUUCAACUGGGGGUCAGCAUGUAGAAGAAUGCAAAUUGACCCAUUCUUAUCACUCUGCAGAAAGCUCAAGUCCAAGGGGAUUAAGGACCUCCACAUAAAACCAGAUACACUCAAACUAAUAGAAGAAAAAGUGGGGAAGAGCCUCAAACACAUGGGCACUGGGGAAAAAUUCCUGAACAGAACACCAAUGGCUUAUGCUCUAAAAUCAAGAAUUGACAAAUGGGGCCUCAUAAAACUGCAAAGUUUCUGUAAGGCAAGAAGACAGCAACCAAGCAGUCAUAACUGAAAACCAGAGCUCAUGGACAGGAAGGAAGAAGGUCAGUUUUAUCCAGUGGGGCUGAGAAAAUCCGUACAUGUUUUGUUUUCCCUGGGUGAUAUGACCAAUCCGAAAUUAUUAAGGUCCUCAACAAGAAGAUGCAAGACUUCAUUAAGGUGUGUCCAGGGAGGUGAGAGGUGACUUACACAAAAAAGCCACUCAAUACAGAAAAUCUGGUGAGUACAGGUGUGGUAUCCUAGUCAACAAAACGUUAGAACCAACAAUGGGCCAUGUGACUCCAAAAGAAGGACAACCAAUUUGAGACAAGGUCUGCAGAAUUUUUAGCUAAAAGUAGAAAUUAUAUGCAUGCUCUCCAGCAAACUCCCCACGGGCCAUGUCAGGUACUACCUAACAUAACCACGUGGCAUUAGCCAUAGUCAUCAUGCAAUAGCAGGAGCCCCACUGCCUAUAUCUCAGUCCAGCAUAAGGACGGUGUGUUGCCCUCAGUAAGAGCAAGUGUAAGAGGGCUGGCCCUGACACUUGUUGCCCACUCGGUGGUAUGGACAAGAAAGGGACACCCUCCUCUGCCCUAGUACCUCACUACCUGCAGGCAUCAUGAGACCUGGCACUGAUGUUACCAGAGCAGAGUGCCCCUGCAUGUCACUUGCUGCAGCAUUCGGGAGGUCAGGCCCUGCACCAUGCCUGAGUAGCACAGUAGAGCCAGCCCUGGUGGUAUGAGUUGUGAAGAGUAGGUCCUGAGGGCCCUGCUUCUUGUCUGGAAGGCACUGGUGAAGAUGAAGGACAGACCGCCCUCCCCUCCCUAAUCCCUUGCUAUCUAUGGCAGCCAUGAAAGCUGGCCCCGUGGUCAUCUGUAACAGAACUGGACAUGCCCCUCACUAGCUGCAAUCCUUGAGAGACUGGGCCUGGCACCUUACCUGGGCAGCAGGGAAGAGCUGGCCCUGUUUUCAGGGAUUUCUGAUUAGGCACUACCCUUGGAGAGUGCAAAAGCUGCCAGGCUGACUUGCACAGAUGUUUCUCAGGCCCAGAUCUGGGGCUAUGAUUUGCCGCACACCAACAUCUAGCCCCCUGAUGAAUUGCUGCAGUAGUACAGGAAGGACCCAGUCCUACCAAUCCUAAUCUCCAGGAUCUCCAAACAUGGGCAUUGGCAAUAACAAGAUUCGGAGAGGUGUCACAGUGAAGCUCCAGUAUUGAUAGAGUGGCAGAAGCCUUAUACCACACCAAAAAGCCAUCAUCAUAAACUUUUGCAAGCAAGAUGGUAUAGGACCCAGUGUUACACACUGAAGCUUCCACAGGAGUUUUAUCCCUUUAGUUGGGGUUUGGUUGCAAGGGUGAAGAGAGUGCACAGGAAAAAAGGGAGAAAUGAGUGGGAUUGAGGUGUGUGAGGUAAACUUCACACACACACACCAAACCAUUAUCAACUUAAACAAGCAAAAAGCAGAACUUCCAAUCCCAAGGCUCAGGGAUCUUUAGGAUGAGAACUAGAAAGACUGUAAAUGCCAAAGUGGUCGAUAACAUCAGGAACACAGCAGGGUUGUUGCAAAUAGAAACUCACAUUGACUGUCGCAGCACAUGAGAACUGAGCAAGCUCACACCAGGAAGAAUCUCAUGAACAGGGAUGUGGGAACAUGGAUAAGACAUCCCACCACAGGGCUGGAGAGAUGGCUCAGCAGUUAAGAGCACCCGACUACUCUUCCAGAGGUCAUGAGUUCAAUUCCCAGCAACCACAUGGUGGCUCACAACCAUCUGUAAUGAGAUCUGAUGCCCUCUUCUGGUGUAUCUGAAGACAGCUACAGUGUACUUAUAUAUAAUAAAUAAAUCUUUAAAAAAAAAAAAAGAAAUCCCACCACAAGGUAAGAGAUGGUUGGCACCUGACAGCUGAUGAGAGGGGGAAAGUCAGUGUUCUCAUGGCAAGCCCUGAGAGGGCAAUGAUAUGCCAAGGCAGACUUCACCAUUGAGAUUUGUUGAGAAGAGAAGGAACAGAAGGAACAAGAUGGGGAGGAAGAAGAGGCGGAAUAGGAGGAUAAGGGAGAGAAGUAGGAAAAGAAUAGAAAGAUGAGGAGGAGGAAGAGAAAGAGGUGGAGGAGGGAGAGGAGGAGGAAGAGGAAGAGGAGUGGAAAACUUCUCGUAGUUGGGUGGUGUUGAGUAUCCAUGUUGUAUAUCCCUUCCCUGAGAGACUGGAACAUUCAUUUAGCAUGGAAGCUCCUUAAAUAGGAAUGUAACAAUUCCAAAUAAUUUCAGGAAGUCCCUGAAACUGAACAGAUUCCCUACAUCUCUCUUUUCCAAGAUGUAAUCAACCUAAGCUGCUCAGUUCCUCUCAGACAAGCCAUGGUACAAGCUCAACUGUGAGACCAGACCAGCCAGCUGCCUGACAGAAGCAGAAAACAGCCAUGCUGCCUGGAUGAGUUUUAGAGCAACCGAGACUUACAACACUCUUCCACCUGUUGAGCUGCUGUCAGGCUGUGCAGUGUGCUCCAGGUUGCAAACUAAGGCAAGCUUGUCACCCAAGUUGGGGAUAGGCUAUGGUGAUGCACCUUUGAGUCAUUUGUGUUCCUCUGAGUCAUCUCCCAUAUUCCCCGUUGGAGUUUAUUCCCACAAAACUCAUUGUAUUACCAAGCAGGACUGGGUGGUAUCCCUACUAUUUUGUUUCCUAUCUGGGGUGGGCAGAUUUAUAUGUUACAUAUGCCCAGGGAAGGUUUUGGAGGGACCCACACAUGUGAGGAGUAGAGAAUGCUCCAUACAGGGCUCAGGAUUAAGAUCAAACCACAAAACCACAUUCAAUGAGUAAAAUGUAAACCCUUUCAUCCCUCAAAGGAGGCUUGAGGUCAGGGAUGGUGAUUCUUUUAUUGUUGAGGAUAGUUUCCACUAUCCUGAAAUUUUUUUGUUAUUUCAAAUGUAUUUGCAAAUUGCUUUCUAAUUCAUAGAGUUAGAAAUUUGAGUUGGAAUUUUGGUGGAGAUUUCAUUGAAUCUGUAGAUUGCUUUUGGCAAAAUGGCCAGUUUUACUAUAUUAAUCCUGCCAAUCCAUGAGCAUGAGAGAUCUUUCCAUCUUCUGAGACCUUCAAUUUCUUUCUUCAGAGACUUGAAGUUCUUGUAAUACAGAUCUUUCAUUUGCUUGGUUAGAGUCACCCCAAGGUAUUUUAUAUUAUUUGUGACUAUUGUGAAGGGUGAAAUUUCCCUAGCUUCUUUCUCAGCCUGUUUAGCCUUUGAGUAGAGGAAGGCUACUGAUUUGUUUGAUUUAAUUUUAUAUUCAGCCACUUUGCUGAAGUUGUUUAUCGGGCUUAGGAAUCGAAAACCCAGAAAUGAACCCACACACCUGUGGUCAUCACUUGAUCUUUGACAAAGGAGCUAAAACCAUCCAGUGGAAAAAAGAUAGCAUUUUGAACAAAUGGUGAUGGUUCAGCUGUAAGUCAGCAUUUAGAAGAAUGUAAAUUGAUCCAUUCUUAUCACCCUGUACAAAGCUCAAUUCCAAGUGGAUCAAGGAUCUCCAUAUAAAACCAGAUGCACUCAAACUAAUAGAAGAAAAAGUAGGGAAGAGCCUCGAACACAUGGGCCCUGGAGAAAAUUUCCUGAACAGAACACCAAUGGCUUAUGCUGUAAGAUUGAGAAUUGAUAAAUGGGACCUCAUAAAAUUGCAAAGUUUCUGUAAGACAAAGACACUGUUAUUAGGACAACAUGGCAACCAGUAGAUUGGGAAAAGAUCUUUACCAAUCCUACAUCUGAUAGAGGGCUAAUAUCCAAUAUACAUACAUAGACAUACAAAGAACUCAAGAAGUUAGACUCCAGGGGCUGGGGAUUUAGCUCAGUGGUAGAGCGCUUACCUAGGAAGCGCAAGGCCCUGGGUUCGGUCCCCAGCUCCGAAAACCGAAAAAAAGAACAAAAAAAAAAAAAAGAAGUUAGACUCCAGAGAAUCAAAUAGCCCUAUUAAAAUGGGUACAGAGAAUUCUCAGCUGAGGAAUAUUGAAUGGCUGAGAAACACCUAAAGAAUUCAACUUCCUUAGUUAUUAGGGAAAUGCAAAUCAAAACAACCAUGAAAUUUCACUUCACACCAGUCAGAAUAGCUAAGAUUAAAAAACCAAGUGACAUCAGAUGUUGGUGAGGAUGUGGAGAAAGAGGAACACUCCUCCAUUGCUGGUGGGAUUGCAAGCUGGUACAACCAUUCUGGAAAUCAGUCUGGCAGUUCCUCAGAAAAUUGGACAUUGAACUGCCUGAGGACCUAGCUAUACCACUCCUGGGCACACAUCCAAAAGAUGCUGCAACAUAUAACAAGGACACAUGCUCCACUAUGUUCAUAGCAGCCUUAUUUAUAAUAUCCAGAAGCUGGAAAGAACCCAGAUGCCCUUCAUCAGAGGAAUGGAUACAGAAAAUGUGGUACAUUUACACAAUGGAAUAUUACUCAGCUAUCAAAAACAAUGACUUUAUGAAAUUCAUAGGCAAGUAGAUGGAACUAGAAAAUAUCUUGAGUGAAGUAAACCAAUUACAAAAUAACACACUUGCACUCACUGAUAGAUAUUAGUCCCAAAGCUCAAAUUACCCAAGAUACACUCCACAGACCACAUGAAGCUCAAGAAGAAAGAAAAUCAAAGCAGAUGCUUCAGUCCUUCUUAGAAGAGGGAACAAAAAAUUCAAGGGAGGAAAUAAGGAGGCAAAGUUUGGAGCACAGACUGAAGGAAUGGCCAUUAAGAGCCUGCACCACCUGGGGAUCCAGCCCAUAUACAUACAGCCACCAAAUCCAGACAAUAUUGCUGAUGCCAAAAAGUGCAGGCUGGCAGGAGCCUGAGCGGCUCUGACAGAGCGUGACAAAUACAGAGGUGAAUGCUAGCAGCAAACCAUUGAACUGAGAACCGGGUCUCCAUUGAAGGAGCUGAAGAGGUUUGUAUCCCCUUAAGAACAAUACCAACCAACCAGAAUUCCCAGGGACUUAACCACCAUCCAAAGAGUACACCUGCACAGACCCAUGACUCCAGCUGCAUAUGUAGCAGAGGAUGGCCUUGUUGGGCACCAAUGGGAUGAGAAGCCUUUGGUCCUGCCAAGGCUGGACCCCCCAGAGU